AUGUCUUUGCCAGCCGCUGCCGAGCCCAAAUCCAGUCUCUCAGAUGAACAAAAAAUACUCGAAGUGUGUGAACACCUGACUAAAUUGAAGAUGACCCCAAAAGAAUUUAUCACUGGGCUACUCAGAAAAAAUCAUCCAGAAUUGAACUACCGCCGGCGCACCUGGGGAACUACGUAUGGUUCUAAAUCAACAAUCGACUUGGCUUCUGAAAUUUCGAAAAUCUUCCAGAAAAAAGAUGCGGAUAUUGCUCAAUGGACCAAUUUCAUCCAGGAAGAGGUUAUCAGAUUAUGUCGUCAGGAGUUCUCAAUCAGACGGACUGGCUCGUUCCAAAGCUCCCAAUCGGUGUCUCACAAGUUUUUCUCACAAGCAGCAAAGGAUGCACGGAUGGAUAAAUUAUCAACAGUCGAAACACCACUGCUCUUCAACAUUGUCCUUGGGAUUAUAUCCCAAGAGAACAAUAACAAUAAGGCAGAAGCUGAGAAGACACCAGUUGAAGGCCUCAUUGAUUUAUCUCAAACCAAAGAUCCCUUGGAGGACGGUUUAGUGGAGUACGGGGGUUUCGUUUAUACUCCUGAUGUAGGUCCAACUGCAAAAGAUGUGAAGCAUCGCCAUAUUGCUUCAGUCAUUUGCUCAAUGCUGAAAUUCACCCGUAAUCGACGCGACAAUGGAUUACAACUGGAAAAUUCAAUCCGAUUCUACGCAUGUGGAGUAUCAGAGACCGUCAAUGAAUACCUUCACUAUUUGGGACUGACUUCGCAUCGCAAAACAGCCAUAGAAGCACUACUUACUCUUUCGAGGGAGGCCAUGGACCGGGUAGCAAAUUCGAUGGCGCUAUCCAAUAGGCUGGCACCACUCCUAUGUAUUGACAAUCUGGACUUGGAAGAGAGGGUCCAAAUGGCGACUGUAGGGAAACAAGAUCGGACUUUCCAUGGAACCUGGGGGUAUCUCCACAUACCAUCCAACAACCUCAUGAACACAAUCUCCCCCGCCGAGCUCACCCUAGAAGCCUACAAUGACGCACUCAGAAAUGUAGUAUCUUUUCAAAUUGAUCCUCAAGCUUUCAUCCAGGCUGACCUUCCAAAUCACGACUAUGCUCUUGUUUGGAAGAGCCAAAUUGCCCGAGUGAUGCUGAAGUACGUGGCAACUCCGGCUGACCGACGCGGCAUGCUGCCAUUGGACCCUCCUGUGAUUGAGCAGAUAAGCAAUGAGGCCCCAGAGAUCCUCAUGCUACAAUUAAUGGAAGAGUCUGAUAACUCGGCUGAAGGGAUUGGCCAAGUUAUGGAUGCCCUCUCCCGCCAAUCUCGCCUCGAACCGGAAGAGUUUUUUGGUAGGCUGCAGCUCAUGGACGGUGAUCUCGGUACUUGCCAACUGUUCCACGCCAUUCGAAUGCUCAGGCUACCAAGCUCCCACUGCGAUCACAAUUUGAACAACACCUCGAUGGCACUAGGGGCCUCCCAUACCUUAUGGAACAUUGCACACACCAUCCUCACAUAUCAUUUUGGCAAAUCAAAUGCGAUGGAUGACUUAGGGGUGUGGCGAUACUUGGAAGCCCUGGGAAUACCCCCCGAUAAGGUGAUUCAAAAGAAGGAUUUUACAAAGAUGCUCGAGUGUAUGGAAAAAGUCCAUGAGGCCACUAUUUGGUUUUGUCUCAGGGAGGUGAUGGGCAAGCAUGAGGACACAGUCGAGGAGAUCCUACCUGUCAUGCCAACCCAGGAAUGGAACAAAGUAAUUGAACAAUGCUACCUUCGAUAUUGCACAAACAAUGCUCGGCAUGAUGCUAAAUCUUCACCACAACGCUAUAAUCUCCUCCUUCGCAUGCGUGAUUUCUCCACAGUCAUUGAGGCUAAUCGAUCAAUGAAGGCCGGUGAUAUUGGCCGACUCAUCAAUGUGUGGAAGAUGUGGUCUUUGAUGACCCAAUCGCUCCCGGGUCUGACUCAUUACUCUGCUUAUCUCCCUCGGCUGGUCCUCCUGAUAACUGAGUUUCUGCCACCCGACCUGGCCAAAUUGGUUCGGCAUACGCUCCUGGUGUCGCCCAGGGGUCGUGUAAAUCACUUUGUUUCCAAGGAUUUCCUUUUGGAAACAGCUAACUACUGGCUGAAGUUCUUUUACACUCGGGCUGGUGUAGGCACACAAGUUGAACGAUUGAAGAAGUUGAUCUCUUCUAAUAUUCCAUUGCUCCGAUCCAUGUUUGACUCCUUACGCACUGAUAGUGGAUCUAAACACAUCCAACAAAGUCAUCAAGUGGUCCUGACAAUGCGAGCUCUUGAGAGGUUCCAGCAGAUGGCAGCUUCAAGAGACAUCCUUGGCACCGCCAAUCCAGAUGAGUUGGCACCCAGUACGAUCCUCCGGACAGACACAUAUUUAGAUGGCAUCAACAUGAUGAAGGCAGAACUCAAAGCCAAACCAAACGAGCUUGCUCGGUUCAAGAUGCACCUUCCCUUUGAUGAACAAGCACCCAGUCCAGAUGCAACCUCUGAGGAUAACAGCGAUGUAAUGAUGGAAGAAUGA